AAAUCAUGUGAUACAUUUACCUAUUGUUUACCUUCCUGCUGGAAUUUCUAUUUCUACAGUCGUUUUACUCCUUUAAACUAAUAACUUCUUUUAUUGUUUACAAUGGCAUCAUCGACACCCGUGUGUGGUGUAUGUGAUCAAAGUAAUAUUACCAAACCAUCCAUAAUCUGGUGUUUUGAAUGUGACGAAGGGCUUUGUUCAGAAUGCAAAGAUCACCACAGUAGGUCAAAGGGAACACGAAAACAUUACACCGUACUAAUAAGUGAAUACCAGGAAAUACCAAGUGACAUUGUCAAAAUCACUCAAACCUGUGGCAAACAUAAUGAGAAGUACACAUUUUAUUGCAAAAAGCAUGAAAGUCUUUGCUGUGGUAGUUGCAUUGUAGAAAAUCAUAUGGAAUGUCGAGACUUCGACAAGUUGGCUGAUGUAAUUCAAAACACUAAACUUUCGAAUGCCUUUUACGAAAUAGAACAAUUAUUAGUAGAACUUUCCGACAAUAUUCAAAUUAUUCGAAAUGAUAGAGAACACAACUUGAAGAGGUUAUCCGAAAAGAAAAUGCAAAUUGAACAAGAAGUGAAACAAACAAGGAUUACAAUCAACAACCAUUUAGACAAAAUACAAGACGACAUUAUGAAAAAGUUAAAUGAAACCGAAGCAAAUGAAAAUAAGAUAAUUAGCGAACUACUGAACUUAUUGAAGGAAAAUGAAAGAGAGAUAAUUGAAUUCCGAACAAACAUUGAAAAUAUCAAGCAACAUGCUACAGAUCUACAGACAUUUAUUUCUAUGAAGGAGCUAGAAAAAAAUGUCUCAAUCAAAGACGAAUUCCUGCAGUCUGUGAUUAACAGCGAAAAGUUUAAAGACCGCGAACUGUCGUACAAUACAAAUUCCGCCAUGCAAGAUUUAGUUAAUCGUAUCAAGAACUUUGGAGAAGUAAAGAUUGAGAAAAAACCAUGCGAUGUAGUCCUCACAAGGAGGAAAGACAAACAAGCCCAAAUAAUGCUUCUGCACAUAUCAUCCAGGUCAGUCGACAAUAUUAAUUUGAAGCUGCUUCAAACUAUAAAUACAACAGGAAAGAACAUUACGGGUUGUUGCAUGUUACCAGAUGGUAAAAUGGCGUUUUUGUCUUACUUUGGUGGAGCUGUAAGAGUAUUCAACCUAGACGGCACCAACGACUUUGAAUUGAUUACACCGACAUUUGCAUUCGACAUAGCCUACAUCAGUCACGACAACACACUUGCUGUAACAUCAGGCGAGUCAGGUAGGAAAUGUAUCACAAUCAUCGACAUACAAAACAAACAAAUCAAGAAAACAAUACCAGUUGAUUCUCAAUAUUAUGGCAUAGCAGUGACAGAUGGCAAAUUCAUUUGUUCUGCUGAAGGAAAAGGAAUUCAACUGAUCAAUCCGCACAACAACUCAACAAUUGAUAUAGUCCGCGAUAAAAUACCAGCGUGCUGUUACGUGGCAAUAUUUGGUGACAAAAUGUACCAUACAAAUAACCAAUCAAACAACGUUACAUGUUAUGAUCUACAAGGUACAGAACAAUGGAAAUUUAAGAAUGAAAAAGUCCUCAGGGGUCUGAGUGGUAUAACUGUCGACAAUGAUAGUAAUGUAUACGUAGUAGGAGAAUAUUCGAAAAAAGUAGUAGUUAUAUCUUCUGAUGGACAACAAUACAAAGAGUUAGCCAGUGAUGGUCUUUCCCAUCCUGUGUCUAUUGAUUAUAACAGAACUACAAAUCAAUUACUGGUUUCGAAUUUUUACGACAAGGCAUUUACUUUUACUUUGAUUUGAAUAUUUAUCAUUUAAGCUGCCAAAUGAUUUUAUUUACACCACCGAAGUUGUAAUAGAAGCAUGGAAAAUCGUUAUUGUAAUAGUUUUUUUCAAACUCUUUUAAUUGUUUGUCUAAUGAUCAUUGAUGUUCUCAUACCGAGAUAUAUAGUCUAGUUUAGAUAUACUGUUUAACUAAUUAAAUUACUUAAUAGAAUAAAUAUCAUUUAUACUAAGUU